AAGAAAAAAUUAAAAAUUUAAUCAAAAUUAAAGUUUUUUUUUUUUUUUGAAAAUUGAAAAACCAAUGUGUUUAUUUUAAAUUAAGAUAACUAAAAUUGCAGGAUGAGUAAAAUGGAUGGACCAAAAAUUGAUUUUAACCUAUUCAAAAAGGCUGUAUGCAAGAUUAUCUCAUUCGUCUUGGGCUUUGUUGAAAUAAACUUUUUCAUAAACAUUUAUAAAAAGAAAUAAGAAUGAUGGCUUAAAAUAUGGCAUGUACGUUUUGAAUAAUUUGCAGUCUUUUAUCCUUUCUUUUAGGAGGAGGCAAAAUACCCUCAAACUUAUUUGAUUUGUAUCCUCAGUUCAUUUUAGCUUAAGGUUUAUUAUUAGAUUGCAAAAAGUAGCAUCCUAUUAUGGUUUUACCUUUGCAAAAUCGUUACAAGUCGUUAUGUUGGGAAAUAAAAAUGUCCCUGAAGUAACGUCCAACAUAAUAUUCAAAUGAUUAGUACAAUAUGUAGGUGUGGUUGCUUUUGUAAGAUUUGUUUAUCAAGUAUUCCUUAAUUAUGAUAUUUCUGUCACCAAUGUAAGCUUAUAAUCUGAUAUUUUCUCCACUCCUUUAAUUGCCAGCUGGUCUCUUUGCCAUAUAAGGAUAACCAUGUCAUAAUCAUUAAUGUUGUCUUCCAAGCAUAUAAGCAUUAUCAUUUAUCACUCACAUGAAUAUUUCUAGUUAACCGGCAUGGUCAUCAAUCAUCCCAAUGUAACCAUGUUAAUGUUAUCAUUCGGUAUAUGAUAUGGACAUUAUUCUGGGGCAUGAGUGGUAAUUCACGAUGGCAUGCACAUAGAGAUUAGAGAGCAAGCAUGGGAUAAAGGUGACCUAAGUCUCGAGAAUCAGGCCGUGUAUGGCAGGACAACAUGUGAAAUAUAGUUCGUGAAUUGCAUAUUGUUGAGGUGGAUCUUAUUUAUAACACUUCUCCUCCUCAAGGACAAAUUCAACUCUGUUGUAUAUAGAAUCCAAAGAUGGGUGUCAGAGUUCAUUCAAGACAAUCACUGUAUCACUUGGAAAAAAGUCUUUGCAAAAUAUUCUAGUCUCCACCUCAAAUAACAUUAAACAUUUUUUUCUCUUAUUUUUUUAUGGACAAAUAUCAAUUAUUAAUUUUUAUUAGUAAGAAAAAAUAAAUUUAUAACAUUUUUUUUCUUUUCUUCAACACCCCGUCAACCUUAUGUCUCAUUCUCUCCCGUUUCUUUGUAUAAUUGGAAUCACUGUCUUUAAUCUAUAUUUAUAUACAAACAUAGAAUAAGGUUAUUGUGGUGCCAAAUAGGAGGUUUGUUGUGUAACAAUCGUGCCAACUUGGGUAGGCACGGAUGUACCAAACCCUUGGAAGCAAUAGGAUUGCAUUUUAUCAUUCAAGGACAUUGCAUUGUCAACGUCGAGGAGUACUGCUAUAACUCCUAAUCCUCUUAAACUUGAUCCCACAACCAAUCAAUUCAGAAUCAUUGGCCCAUUAAGCUUCAAAGAUUUUCACAAAUCAUUAUCCUCAUAUAUAGUAAAAAGUAGAUAUUUAUAUUUAUGUAUAUUUAUUUCUCUGUCUUAAUUAAGUAAUAAGUAGUACUCAAUGGAUCAUCCAUGCUCCACCUAGCUCCAGAUAAAGUUUGACCCGUGAGCGGUAAAACAAAAAUAAAAAAGGAAAUGUGAAAUAAAAUGGCCCCAAUCAAUGAAAGACAACGUUUAAGAGCUUAUCAAGUAUGGCAUUAAAUUUAUCUUGCAUGGGCUAUCAAGUAUCAUCAGAAGGGCAUUGCAUUAACUCAAAGUAGAGGUUUAGUGGACCAUCAAAUAAAUUUAUCUUGCAUGGGUUAUCAAGAUGAUCAUCACCCUCCACUGAAUCCUUUUCGGUUUCUAAAAGAACAAAAUGCAUGUUCUCUUAACAUUCCCCUUUCAGUCAACAAAAAUUAUACUGUAAUUACUACCACGUGUUAAGACCAUGCAUGCAUAUACACAUCAACCGGUGCCCGAAUUACCAAGGCCGUAACCCCGAAGGAAAUAUAAGAUUAGUUGAGUAAUUAAAAAAGAAAAAAAAAUUAGGAAAGUUUGUGAGUUUGAUUUUCUCUAUUAACAAAAAUUAAUAAACUAACCAUUAACAUGAUAAAAAAAAUCAAUAAGAAAUUAAAAAGAAAAAUAAGGAUUUGAAACAGUGAGUGAGUAGCACACACAAUGAAUAACGGUCACAUGCGUUAUGCUACUUCUCCAAACGUGAAAACAUUUAUACCAACCUACACUCCUUGCUCCUACAUAUCCCGCGCCUUACAUGCAGUUCCAAGUAUCACCAAACCAAGUAGUGAUACUCAUAUUCAGUACUCAAUACUCACAGCACCACUUUCAAGUGUUCAAAGUUGAAGUAUCCCAAUAUCAACUAACCAUAUAUGGAUACUUGCAAGAAGUUCCCCUUGAAGCCAUGGAAGAAAGGGCCAACAAGGGGGAAAGGCGGCCCCCAGAACGCCUCGUGUGAGUACCGAGGCGUUCGGCAGAGAACUUGGGGCAAAUGGGUUGCUGAGAUAAGAGAGCCAAAGAAGAGAACUAGGCUCUGGCUUGGUUCUUUUGCCACAGCUGAAGAAGCUGCCAUGGCUUAUGAUGAGGCUGCAAGGAGACUCUAUGGUCCAGAUGCAUACCUUAAUCUCCCCCACCUUCAACCAAGGUCCACUUCAACUACUAUCACAUCAUCAGGGAAGUUCAAAUGGUUCCCUUCCAAGAACUUCAUUUCAAUGUUCCCUUCCUGUGGAUUACUCAAUGUAAAUGCUCAACCUAGUGUUCAUUUAAUCCACCAGAGGCUACAGGAGCUUAAGAGAAAUUCAGUUGUCAGUCAAUCGCCGCCUAAUUCAUCCAAUGAACCAAAGGAAGAAACUCAGACUGUAGGCAGCAAAAAAGAUGGAGAAAAUCCACCAAAAGAUGAUCAAAUGUUGUCAGAGGAGGUUCUUGGAGAUCUUCAGGAGAAACCCCAGAUAGACCUCCAUGAGUUUCUUCAACAGAUGGGAAUCCUUAAAGAAGAAAGAGAGUCAGAGAGAACUGAUAGCUCAGGAAGUUCAUCAACAAUGCCUGAAGCUCUGUUGAGAGAUGACAAUGAUCAUCAUUUGGGAGUGUUUUCUGACAAUAGUGUUAACUGGGAGGCAUUGAUUGAUAUGCAUGGAAUUGCAGGUAUUCAGGAAUCAGAAGUCACUCAGCUUGAAGCAUAUGACCCAAAUGAUGAUCUUACUUUCUCAACUUCCAUUUGGAACUUUUAAGAAACUUGUUUUUUUUAACAAAAAGAGAAUCAGGUUAGAUAUGGAUACUUAGCAUAUAAAGCCUAAGGAGAGAUCACAAGGUUUUGGUUAUCCAACUACUCUCUAGUCCUGUUUAUGUCUGCAGAAUUUCAAUCUGUUGGCAGCAGUGUAAGAGAAGGAAAGUAGCUAGAAUAGAAGACUACUAGUGAGAAAGUAGCUUAUUUCAGUAGUUGUGACAGGAAAAUGGAGAAAAUAAUAUCAGUCUGCAAGUAUUGUUGUAACUUGACUUACUAUUAGCA